GUCGCGGCAUCAACGCCUAUAACUGCAGGUGGCCCCCUCCUGUUUUAAGCUUAUCCUGGGCCUCCUGGAACGCCCCAUAUCCACCUCAAACACACGCACCUCAACCCUCAGACUCUUGCUGUGACUUCUUCUCCGCACAUCAGGGUUACAGGACAAACACAGCACACAGAACGAGCACAUACCUCUACAACACUCUCGAUACACACACUCGAAAUCGAUGAGGCUUCUUCACAGCAUUGUCGCCGCUUCUGCGGCCCUCCAGGUCACAAGCGCGAGCGUCGCCGCGCCAGAGCCCGAUCAUGUCGCCUUAGACGCCAGAGUCAGCACAUUGGUGCCCAUCCCCAUACGUGACUCGACAGAACAAGAUCUUUUCAAACGGAAAGGUGGCGGCGGCGGUAAGGGUGGCGGUGGCGGCGGUCCCAAGGGAGGUGGUGGUAGUGGUACACCCAAGGGUACAACUGGCGGAAGUGGUGGCGGCGCUGGCGGAGUACCCAAGGGUUCUUCCAGUUCCAAUGUUGGUGGUCAAACAACGACAGGUAGUGGCCCACGACCGGCGUAUGGUGGAGGGGCCUACUACGGAGGCGGCGCAAAGACGCCAUAUGGACCGCCAGGCUCGCCUUCCCCCAGUGGUAUCGGACCGGCUUUUGUCGGAGCCGGUGCGAUCGGUUUCUUGGGUGGCGCCUACCUCUAUGGCGCAUACAGCUACCCCUACUCUCACCACUAUUAUUACCACAAUCGGACGACAAACCAGAACGAGACCAAACCCGUCGAGUGUGUCUGCUCCGCCAACGAGGUGUGUGGAUGCGAUGACAACGGCGACGACGCAUACUUCCGCAGCAUCAUCGGUGACGGUAGCUACGAGGGUCUCAACAAGAGUGUCGUCACCGUCUACGACAACACAUCCCGCGAGGGCAAUGAGUCUACAAUCCUCAUCCUGGGCAGCCUGCCGAACGGCACAACUGCUCCCGGCGGAACCGAGGAUCCAAAUGCUGCCGGCGGCAUGAUGCGCCUGCUCGAGACAGUUGGCUGGUGGCCCGUCGUUGGUACGGCGCUGGCGAUUACACUAUCUGUCUAAGUUGACGCAGGGUGCGCAAACACGGAUCGCAUGCAGUGUCGUGUCCGCGGCAUAAUGAGACUAUGGUUUGGUAAUGAUAUCCCCCGAGACGGCCUUGUUACUGUCUCUUGUAUAUAUUAUAGACUUGUAUAUUCUCAUCGGCAGAAGCCGCCCCAUUAGCAUAGCAAAACCCACGCGAUUUGCUUUCAAAUGAGACUCUAACGGGGACUCAAUAUUUAUCUCAACUGUUGCUGUGUUUUCUCCUGGUGUAAGCUUUUGUGACACUUGCGAUCACUUGCGUGCGCAGUAUACAGGACCAGCAGGUCUCGCAGCGUGUCUUGGAACAGCCACAUGCUGCACAAA